GCUCCGAGUGCGUGUGUAUUUCAACAUGGCGGACAGCAUGGAGAUUGAUGUGGCAUCAGUGUUAUCUGCAGCGGAAAAGAAUACUAGAGAGAAGUUUAAAUCGACAGAAGUCAUAAAAGAUAUAGAUCCGGAUCUAGACAUUGGAAAUUUAUUAGCUACAGAUCUUCAGCCGAUUGAUAUACGAGAAUUUAGGAAGAACAAAGAGGAUUUCCUCAGGAAUCUUGCCAGAGACAACACCCAGUUGCUAUUUAAUGCCAUUUGGAAGCUUCCGAAUGAGAGAUCUGAAGGUCUGGUUCUUGCAAAGUUACCUGAGCCUCAUACAGUUAUACCAAGAGAGAAACCUAUCCCUAAACCAAAAUUACCUUCAAAAUGGGAGGAAUUUGCCAAAAGAAAGGGCAUAGCAAAAAAGAAGCGAGAGAGAAUGAUAUUGGACAAAAACACUCAGGAAUGGAAGCCACGUUAUGGAUACAAGAGGGGCAAUGAUGAAACAAAGGAGUGGCUGAUAGAGGUUCCUCAGAAUGCAGAUCCCUAUGAAGAUCAGUUUGAGAAAAAAAAUCAAGCCAAAAAGGAAAGAGUUGCCAAGAAUGAAUAUCAGCGGCUGAGAAACAUUGCAAGAAACAGAAAGAUUCCUAUUCCAAAUAAGGACCUUGCACCAACAUCUGGACGACAAAGCAAAGAACAGGUUUCAACAAAAAUAAAUGUCAGCAGACUUUCAACUGCAUCUCUGGGUAAAUUCACGGAAAAGUUGCCCAAAGAAAAGAUUCCUAGAAAAACUGGAAAGAAACGACAGUUUGAGCCAGUGGCCGGCGACUUGUCAAGUGAACGAAACCGAAGUAGGGAGCUGGCGGAAAAAAUUGCCAAGCGAGACCCAUUGGACGUUAAUAAGGCUGUCAGCCAGUACAUAACGGAAACACAGAAAAGGGCGGGAGAGUCAAAGAGGAAAGGAACUGGCAAAGGAAAGAAAGGAAAAACAAAGUCCAGCUUGCAAGGAAAAAACAAGAAACCGGCCGGCAACUCUGGACGAAAAUCGGGAAAGAAGAAAGCGAAAGUUUAAUAUAACGUCGAUCUCUUGAAAUGAAAAUCUCUUUGAGCUUGUCUUAGAGAAAAUGAAGCGAAAAUGAUUAUCUUGUGACGAUUGCUAAAAUGUACAUGCUAAACUCUAUCUUCGACCUCCCCUACUGGGUUAUGAAUUUAUUGUUAUUAUUGUUAUUGUUAUUAUUAUUAUUAUUAUUAGUAUUAGUAUUAGUAUUAGUAUUAUUAUUAUUAUUAUUACGCGGUAUUCUCAAUUAUUAAAGUGGCGUAACAUUGACCACUUUCAUAAAUGGCGGCCAAUUAUAAAUUCUUUUGCAAGUAUUGAAAUUAGCCUUACUAGCCUCAAUUUGAAGUUGGUAAUUCAAAAGAAUUUUUACUCUGAAACAAGUUUAGGAAGGCUAAUUUAAAUGCAUACAAAAGAAAUUAAAUUAGCAGCCAUUUAUGAAAAGGGUCUAUAACGCUCACCGCACUUUGAGACAGGUGUGGUCAGUGAUAAUAUAACGAAUUGACAGUGAAGAAUGAUCAUCGCAGUUAAUUUUCCAAUUUAAGCAAUUGGAAAGAAGAAGCCUGAAAA